UUGGUGUUAAAUGAGAGUGGGAGGGAGGAUACGACAUCAACUUUUGAGCUUGUGAGAUGCAAGCUGACUUUGUUUUAUAAUUACUGGCAGAUGAAUGAGAUUUUAGAGGCCUUGCUACCUAACAGUAUGAUUGUUCCUUCAGCUUUUGAAACAGUUGGGCACAUUGCUCAUCUGAACCUGAGGGAUGAACAUCUUCCAUACAAGAAGCUUAUUGCAGAGGUAGUCUUGGAUAAGAACAAGCCAAAGAUACAAACAGUUGUCAAUAAGAUUGAUGCCAUUCAUAAUGAUUAUAGGACGAUGCAGCUUGAAGUUUUAGCUGGAAAUCGUUCCCUUGUGACUAUAGUUGUUGAGAAUGGACUGCGUUUUCAUGUUGAUUUGGCAACAGUGUAUUGGAAUUCAAGGCUAGCAACUGAGAGGCAGAGGCUUCUGAAUUGCUUCACAUGUUAUGAUGUUGUUUGUGAUGUUUUUGCUGGGGUUGGUCCUAUAGCUAUAUCUGCAGCAAGAAAAGUGAAACAUGUAUUUGCUAAUGAUUUAAACCCCUUUGCGGUUGAAUAUCUGGAAAGGAAUUGUGUCCUCAACAAACUUGAUAGGAAGAUAGAAGUUUUUAACAUGGAUGGAAGGAGGUUCAUUGAUGCUAUGUUUGCAAGUCAAAAAGCUCAAUCCAUCACACAAGUGGUUAUGAAUUUGCCAAAUGACGCUGCAGAGUAUCUAGAUGUAUUCAGGGGAAUAUUUAGAACAAAGCCUAAGCAGAGAGAAAUUACCUUGCCAAAGAUCCAUGUUUAUGGAUUCUCGAAAGCCCAAGAUCCGGAGUUCGAUUUUCAUGAGCGGAUAAGAAUUGCAUUAUCAGAAGUGGCAUUUGAGGUAGAAAUGCAUAGAGUCCGCCUUGUUGCUCCGGGAAAGUGGAUGUUGUGUGCAUCAUUCACUCUCCCCGAGAGUGUGGCAUUCGCAAAAGCAACGGCAAAUAUGUAAGUUACUUGGAUUUGAAAGAUGGAAGUGAUCCUGAAUUUUGUUAUAUAACAUUUUCAAUUAAUAAAUUGAAAUUAUAUUCUUUCAAUUUUUAUUAAGGUGACAAUGUAGCAAUUUUUAUGAAGUUUUUCAUUGUGAUAUCUGAUUAAAAAAUGAAAAAUGUAAAAUAAACAACAAUGAUGAUGAGUACUAAUAGCUGGAAAAACAAUAGAGCCUUUGUUCAAUUGCUGACCAGAAAGCUAUAAAACCUUAAGCUCAAAUUAUCUUA